UCCUGGGUGUUAUUGCCCCCUUCCCGGUGCGGGACGCGGCGGUGGCCAGCGCGGGUGCCAGGCCUGGGAUUUUCUGUGUCCUUUCCAGGGUCAGGGACGAGGCAGUGACUUGACUCCUGGGCGCUGAGCCCGGAAGGCAGCGCCGGAGGCCGCCGUCCCACCUGUCUGGUUCUCGUCACCCUUCGCUGUCUCCUGCUCCACCUGCGGCCGCCUGGACGGCUCCGGGUCUGACCGCUUGAGGUAGAGGUGGCAGUCGCGGCUGAAGGGGCUGAGGCAAGGCUGCGGCCCUCAGGGCGGCGGUAGCGCUGGGGGGGAGGAGGAGAAGGAGGAGGAGGAGAGAAGAUGGCGUCGGAGCUGGAGCCCGAGGUGCAGGCCAUCGACCGCAGUUUGCUGGAAUGUUCCGCCGAGGAGAUCGCGGGGAAAUGGCUGCAAGCCACCGACCUCACUAGAGAAGUGUACCCCCACUAUGUACCCCAAAUCUACUGCAGAGGUCCCAACCCUUUUCCACAGAAAGAAGACAUGCUGGCACAGCAUGUCUUGUUGGGACCGAUGGAAUGGUAUCUUUGUGGUGAAGAUCCUACAUUUGGAUUUCCAAAACUAGAACAAGCAAAUAAACCUUCUCAUCUUUGUGGUCGUGUUUUUAAAGUAGGAGAGCCUACGUACUCUUGCAGAGACUGUGCAGUUGAUCCAACUUGUGUUUUAUGCAUGGAGUGCUUUUUGGGAAGUAUUCACAGAGACCAUCGAUACAGGAUGACAACAUCAGGAGGUGGAGGCUUCUGUGACUGUGGUGAUACUGAAGCUUGGAAAGAGGGUCCUUACUGCCAAAAACAUGACCUUAACACCUCAGAAACUGAGGAAGAAGAGGAUCCUCUUGUGCAUUUGUCAGAAGAUGUGAUAGCAAGAACUUACAACAUUUUUGCUAUUAUGUUUCGCUAUGCAGUAGAGAUAUUAACCUGGGAAAAAGAAAAUGAGCUGCCAGCAGAGUUAGAGUUGGAAGAGCAGAGUGACACCUACUAUUGCAUGCUGUUUAAUGAUGAGGUUCACACCUAUGAGCAAGUUAUUUAUACUCUUCAGAAAGCUGUUAACUGUACACAGAAGGAAGCUAUUGGUUUUGCAACUACGGUAGAUCGAGAUGGCCGUAGGUCUGUUCGAUACGGAGAUUUCCAGUAUUGUGAGCAAGCAAAAUCAGUUAUUGUGAGAAAUACCAGUAGACAGACAAAACCACUCAAAGUGCAAGUCAUGCAUUCGUCUAUUGUCGCACAUCAAAAUUUUGGUUUGAAGCUUUUGUCUUGGCUGGGAAAUGUUAUUGGAUAUUCAGAUGGCCUGCGUCGAAUUUUAUGUCAAGUUGGAUUACAAGAAGGGCCAGAUGGUGAAAGCUCUUCUCUGGUGGAUAGAUUGAUGCUCAGUGAUUCCAAAUUGUGGAAAGGUGCUAGGAGUGUGUAUCAUCAGUUGUUCAUGAGCAGUCUGCUGAUGGAUUUGAAAUACAAGAAAUUAUUUGCGAUUCGAUUUGCAAAAAACUAUGAGCGUUUGCAGAGUGAUUAUGUGACAGAUGACCACGACAGAGAGUUUUCAGUCGCAGACCUCUCGGUUCAGAUAUUCACGGUUCCUUCACUUGCUCGAAUGCUCAUCACAGAAGAAAACUUGAUGUGACCACUAUCAUUAAGACUUUCAUGGAUCAUUUGAGACACCGAGAUUUCCAGGGCAGGUUUCAGUUUGAACAAUAUACUGCUCUACAAGCCUUCAAGUUCAG